CAUUCAAUCUAUUACUUAUAUAUACACUUGCGAAAACACCUGUCUGUCUUUUUUUAAUCAAUACAAUUAAAAGAGCAAAUUUUUUAUAUAAAAAAAGUGUUUGUUUAAUAGGCUCAAAAAUAUAUCACCAUAGAAUAGAAUAAACUGGUGUAGGAUAGAAAAUAAAGAUUGUUAUACACAUAUAUAGGAAUAUUUUAUGCUGGCAAUUCGUAAUCGAACGGAUGACUAUUCAAUCAAUCUUGAUAUGUGUUUAUAGUUAUAUAUUUUGAUCGUAAUUUUACAAAAUAUUAACUGCAAGGGAAAUAUCGAGUUAAAUUUGAAAGAACGAGGUGGUCAUAACAAUAGUGUCAGAUGAAUGAAAUGAGACAUUUUGAAAGAAAAUGGAUUUACCAGAUUAUGGAGGUGGUUGUGGUAGAAGCCCCGAUAGUCCAGAAGUGCACCACUGCUCUUCAACUACACAACAGUUGGGGAUAUCAGAGAAUGGAGUUAAAGAGGAAGAUAUGAUGCCAAGGAGAAUUUGCCUUGUUUGUGGGGAUGUUGCAAGUGGCUUUCAUUAUGGCGUUGCAUCUUGUGAAGCAUGUAAAGCAUUCUUCAAAAGAACGAUACAAGGAAACAUUGAAUACACUUGUCCAGCUAAUAGUGAAUGUGAAAUCAACAAACGAAGAAGAAAAGCAUGUCAAGCUUGCAGGUUUCAAAAGUGCUUAAGACAGGGAAUGCUAAAAGAAGGUGUCAGACUGGACAGAGUAAGAGGAGGUAGACAAAAAUACAGACGAUCUACAGAUCCAUAUAUACCUGGUAAAUCAACAAAUCUUGAAGACAAUAAAAUGAUAGAAGCAUUAAUUGCCUGUGAACCAGAUUUGCUUCAAGUAUCAAAUCUUUCUCACAAUAUGGACACUGACCAACGAAUUCUGGGACAAUUGUCUGAUCUUUAUGAUCGUGAAUUAGUAGGCAUAAUUGGUUGGGCAAAACAGAUACCAGGAUUCAGUAGCUUAGCUUUAAAUGACCAAAUGCACCUUUUACAAAGUACUUGGGCGGAAAUCCUAACAUUUAGUCUAGCUUGGAGAAGUAUUCCAAAUACAGGGAAACUAAAAUUCGCUCAAGACUUUAUAUUAGAUGAAAAUCUUUCACGAGAAUGCCAUUGUGUGGAUCUUUAUAUGCACUGUGUACAAAUUGUUGAAAGAAUACAAAGAUUGGGCUUGACACGUGAAGAAUAUUACAUACUAAAAGCACUAAUCCUAGCAAACAGUGAUGUAAGAUUGGAUGAACCGCAAGCUCUUUAUCGUUUUCGAGACAGCAUCUUAUAUUCUUUGUCGGAUUGUGUAGCUUCCGUACGACCUGGUCAAGCUCUGCGAGCUAUACAAAAUAUGUUCCUAAUUAUGCCUGGUCUUAGACAAGCAGAUGGUAUAGUGAGAAGAUUUUGGUCAAAUGUUUAUCGAACUGGCAAAGUACCGAUGAAUAAGCUAUUUGUGGAAAUGCUUGAAGCUGCGGGAUAUCGAUGAGUGAAAAUUCACAGUAAGAAAAUAUUAAAAUUACUAAGACACGACUCAAUGAUAAAAAAACAAUUCUCUCCAGAGAAAUGCUGAAAUAUUACUCGACAUUUUGAUUAAAUCUUUUACAAUGAAAUUUUUUGUACAAAAUGUUCACCUGUAAAGAAAAGGAACACUAUAUUUCUGUUAGAAUGACAUUACGAAUAUUUCUGUAUUUCUCUUAUUAAUGAGUAAAACAAAACAAUUGAAUUAUUUUAAUUUAGUGUUAUUUUUACUUCUUUGAAAGUAUCAGGAGUAUAAAAAUGCCAAAGAGUAAUUAGAUGUUUAGUUUAUAUACAAACAUAUUAUAUAUAUAUAUAUAUAUAUAUAUAUAUAUAUAUAUAUAUAUAUGUAUAAAGGCAGCUAUAUUCAAAACAAGUUAAUUUUUAUACUGUAAAAAUCAUUGAAUCGUGACUUCAAUUUAUAGAAAUGAUAAAAUUGUGUGAAUAGAGAAAGAAAGUAUUAGGAAAAUUAUAUAUAUUAUUGUAUAAGAUCCACGCUUGAAAAAUUUUAAUAGAUGCAUAGAAUUGCUGUGUAGAUAAAAAAGUAAAGUUGUUCACAUGUGCCGCAAGUAAUAAAACUGUAUGAAGGAAAUAUAUUCAGGGAUAUUUUGUAUAUAAUUAUUGCUGUUAUAAAAAAACCGCUUUAAAUUCAAUAGCGAAUAAAAUUUUUGACUUUCACAAAUUAAUAGAAAAAAAUAGACAUGAUUUCUAUUAAUAACAAAAGAGAAGUCUUGUGAUGAGUAAUAAAAAUUGCUUUUUCUUAGUUUAUGAAAAAUUAACUGAGUUAUAAGUUUCUUCUUUUUUUUUUGUUUUUUGCUUUAAGAAACUUUAUUUUAAGUCAUGUUUUGAUUUCUUGGUAAUAACAUUAAACUUUUAUACUUAUCAAACAAUGUAAAAUUAUCAAAAUUUCUGUAUAUUGUAAUAAAUCAUAAAUUUAUUUAAUUA